UGCUAUUGAUUGUGGUUCAAGUCUUGUUCGGGAAAAUUUCGGCGCUCUUUGUCGAGUGUCUCGAGUGACACACCGUCAGCUGAUGCGCUACAUCUUCUGUAACACUCCGUGCCCGUAAUUCGGACUGAAAAAUGGCGUUUGUGGGAGAGAAGUUGGGAGCCAUGUUCCAGCGGCCCCAGGAUGAGAACAGGGAUGACGUCCCUUGGUACAUGCGGUAUGGAGCCAGGGCCCUCGGCACCGUUGGUGGAGGAUUUGCAAUUUUACUUGGCAUUUGGAACUGCCUUGGCAUCAUGCUUGCAGACGUUGGCUGUCUCUUUGGAGGAACCUUCCAAGUGAUUGCUGGCAUCGUCGCAAUAGCAAUUGAAGCACCUUGUUGUUGUAUGUUCAUCGAACAUAUACAAACUCUGAGCAACUUUAUGGAGAACAGGCCAUAUUGGAACAGAGCGGCCCUUUACUGCGGCAUUGCGAUUCCCGGAAUCCUGUUCUGCUUCGGCCUCGGAAGUCUUUUUGGCAGCGGCCUCAUCUUUGCCACUGGAGUCAUGUACGGCAUGAUGGGCCUUGGAAAGAAGGCGUCUCGAGACGAGAUGAGAGCGGCGGCGGCGUCAAGUGCCAACGCGGCGCCGGCCACGGCGCCACCGAGUUCGACCAUGAAAGCCGAUCUAGUGAGCAACGCGCAGCCGAUGAGCAACAGCUCGGCACCCUUCCCUGGCGUCUGACCGCUCUGGAGUGACUGCUCACGCUCUCAUCGAAUCGGACUAAACAUGUGUUCCCUCCCUUAAUUGUGCACCGUCUGAAUUGCCGCUUCGCCCCUCACACUCAAUUGUACAAGGCUCAACGCUUUGUUCUUUCGUUUUCUUACAUUUUCAUUAUCGUCGGCCAAAUAUGCGAUCAGGCAAGCGAGGAUUUUUUAAUUCACCUGUUGCACUCGGCAAAAGCCCAUUUCAAUUUGGCUUAUUACCUAUCAUUAUUCCACCAAACAUCAACGGUCAAUUUGCUGCGAAAUGUAAUUUCCACUGGCCAAUCGACUAUAUCAACUCCUAACGUUUAUCCAAUAUAUCACACAGACUUGCGAUCUGCAAACAAAAUAUGAAUGUUAAAAGCCGCCCGGCCGCUCCCGAUUCCCCAGAGCAAUAAUGAUUGGUUUCACCUUUGCAGAAAUAUCACGGUAGCAAUUAAAUAUUCUCUCACUCGGCCAGGUGGUACUUUCCAAUUUUCUCUAAGUGUCAUGUCAAAAUUAAACCAUAAUCAUAAACUAGCGCCUAGGGUUUGUUAAAUGUUUGGGGCAGUGUAGACGACUGCCCGCUAUAAAUCUAAAAUAUCCCCCAAAGUUAAAGGUUCACAGUUGACAAAGCAGUGCUGCCGUAUAGUAGACGAACUUGACAGCGAUUCCCGUCACGAGUUUAUCAAAUAUGGACCACUAACCAACACAAGGCAGUCGUAUUACUCAGUUGAUUGAGGAGCAUAUUUUUGGUUUAAAGUCCGUGGCCACCCAAGAGUCCAACUUAAAUGGUUGUGUCUUGAUAUCUGCUGGAAACUGUUUUAAAGCGGCGGAAAUCUAGAGUUUCCAAAACCAAAUGAUCUAUUCAAGGUUUUAUGUGUAUUUUUUAUUGAUUUUAGUUUUUCAAAUUUAACCCAGUAAUCAAUUUUGGUCUCAAGCUCUCUUAUUUGAAAUCCAAUUGUUAGAAGUCAAUCAGGUUUCCUACAAAGGCACAUGUCAAGCCAUAGAAAAUCUAGACAUUUGAGAGUCCACGUUCUUUAAAGAAAGCUUUUCAUUGCGAGAGGUGUUGAUGCAAUAUGUCAAUUUUCUGAGAGUUUAACAAUAUUUUCCUUGGUUGCACACACAGAUGGUUCGAGCAAGUAUUUUUGCCUGCAGAUAUUUUUCCUGCGUCCGUGGCAUGGUAUUGAAAUCUUGGCACUUGAGUUCCCCUCUAACCCAAAGGCCUAAUUCGUGUAUAUAGCAUUGAGAUUCCAGUAGUAUUAUGCUAACUAACACCAAAACCCGUUUUAUCAAUUAGUUACUUGUUAAAUUUCUCUCAUCGAGGUGUCAACAUUUUGAUUUCACUCACGGACGCAGAUCUUAAAGCUUUUGCUGGACGUUAUAAAGAGUAGAAAGUUCAUCUUUACAUGUGACUGAUUUUUAAGGGAUCGUUAGAGUAAAACAAUAUAUAUACACCUACACUGUACAUAAGUUUAAGAUUAUAAAUUAUGGCAAAUUCACUCAGGUGAUCUCUACGAGAAUCACGCGUUAUAUAGUUUUUGCGAGAGGUGCGACACGCAAUUAAAUCUGAUUUGUUCUCAAUGUUGGAAAUAUGUGAUCACAAUUUUUUUCUUUUUACUUGACAUUCCGUUUGUACAUUUGUAUCCCCGGAAAUCUUGCUUUAUUUGUUUUAAUUUCUGGUGUGCCGGCAUGUUUUCAAACUGCACCGCCGGUGCAAAAUGUGCUCGCUCGUUUUAGACAAAAUGAGGUAUGAUUUGCAGGUGAGAUUUGAGUGCUCUAGAAACAGUGUACUGAGAGAAAACUAAUUGAUGUAUUGUGCGUGUAUGCAUGCCGACAGCAAAAAAUGAAAAUUCUAGGACAAGACGUACAUAUGAGAACGUUAUUGAAACAUUAAAGGAGAUGUUAAUGACUAAUAAAUGACAAAAUAUACAACGGU